GUCUUGUCCUUUAUCAUUAUCACAGAAAAACGACGCACCAACACCUUACCUUUCAUUUUCCAUUGAUUGCUGACGGCUCAUGAUUUCUUCCCCAAAAAUCUAGUCAGCUUCAUCUUCCUUAUCCUUCCAUUUUCAAUCAUAAGUUGCUGUUGUUGCACCUAUGGCUCAUAAACGUUUGCACACUCUCUGAUUGGCUAUCAUUCAUGGAAACUGGUGGACGAAACGAAACACCCUUCUUGGGUUUUCGUUUUGUCUCCAAAUUUCUAUUAUGCGCCGUAUCUGGAACUCUCACCGCAUGUUUUGCCUUUGCUGGGGCCCUUACAGGAGCUAUAGCCGGUGCUUUAGCAGCUAAGGCUACCAAGAGUGGUUUUCUCCGGGGAGUUUCAUUGGGUGCAAUUGCCGGGGCUAUACUCUCGGUGGAGGUGUUGGAAGCUUCCCGUGCUUAUUGGUGUAUGGAACAAACUGGUUCACGCGGCGCGUCUUCUAUGGCAGAUUUCAUAGAGGAACUUGUUCGGGGAAGGCUUGUAGAAGAAUCACUUACACCUGCUAUUUUAACUGCUUACAAUUUGCAAUUUGAGCAGGUUGGAGUUGCUAAUAACACUGGCUAUGAUGAGUUUCAUGAUGUUCAUAGCUUAGUAUCAUCCACAGGAUUGUCGGGGGAUUCAUUGAAUAAGCUACCGCACCAUAUGGUUUUGAAGGGCAUGAAGGCAGAGGAUACUUUCUGUGCAAUAUGUUUGCAGGACAUUGAAGUUGGGGAAGUUGCGAGAAGCUUACCUCGUUGUGACCAUACUUUUCACUUGAUAUGCGUGGACAAAUGGCUUGUCAAGAAUGAUUCGUGUCCUAUUUGCAGACAGAAUGUGUAGUUUUAUUCUUAUUUUGUGUUUAUAUUUACGGGCAGAUGUAAAUGUUGUAUUAUUUAGUUGUUAUAUGAGAACUUUUUUAAUUUCUCCAUAAAGCGGGAGGGGGAAUUUGUACAGUUAACGUUUUCAUUUUGGUAUAAAAACCAAUACUCAGUUAUCAUGUUUUGAAGAGAAAUUUAUCAAAUUUGAAAAAGCAAAUGAAACACCGACUAAAAUCCAAA